AUGCAAAAGGAAGAAGACCACAAAGCAGAGACGGGAAAGGCAAAAAUCAUGUAUCUCGAGCUUCAAAAUAAGUACAAGCAAUUGCAGCAUGAUUAUGGAGAAGUAAAAGCUCUUUUGGAGGCAAAGAUUUCUGACGAGAUUAACUUUGACCGUGGUAAGCAGAAAUAUGAUAGAGAAAUCAAGGAUCUGAAGAAGGCAUUGGAAGAAAUGAAGAUAGAGGUGGAAGUUGGAAAAAGGGACUCGAUGAGACUAUCUCAGGAACUCAAGAAUGCCAACUCUGAAAUCAAUCAUUUGAAUAAGAUCAAGAAAGGUCUAGAUGUUAAACUGGCAGAAUAUCAGUUGAAAUCAUCCAGUAGGCCAGAACUGCAGGAAACUGCAGAUAUAGAACUUCUCCAAACUCGACUUGCCUCGGAGGCAUAUGAAAACAGGCAACUAAGAGCUCAACUCAAGAAGCUAGCUUCUGGCAAGGACAUAGUUCCCGGUGAUUUGUCUGACGAGCUUUUAGCCGAACGAGCUGCUAAUAAACGUCUUGAAAAACUGAACAUUGACUUGCAAAAAGAGCUUCUUUAUUACAAGAAUAACUCUCGUGAGUCAAGAGGAUUAGAACGGUUGGAAGAGGACUACAAGUCGAAAUACCAACUUGCAGAAAUCAAGUUACAGUCCCUGGAAGAUAAACUCAAGAUCUCAAGAUCAGGUCCAUUGAAAGAUCGCACCCAAGAGUUUGAUAGCCAAACUAAUAUUGAGGCUCCUGAAAAAGAUCCGGUGAUAUUCAAGCAAGAAAAUCUGAGGUUGAGCUCAAUGCUCAACGAGUCUCAAACAAAACUAAGAAGGUUGCAAAUGAGCAAUGCUGCAAAAUUUGCACAGCAAGAACAAUCUAUCCAAUUGAACUCGAAGCUGCAAAUUUUGACAAACAAGAACCAGUCUUUGCAAGAAUCUUUGGAUUUCUAUAAGACAAGGGCCGAAAACUACUAUAGCAAGAUUGAGGCAGCCGAGGUCGCUGUCCAGACCGUCAAACGCGCUGAGGAACUUUUGAGAAAUGAACUGAGCCAGACGAAGCAAAUGCUUGCUAAGGCACAACAAGAAUACCGUAAUUCAGAUCUUACGGUGGCUAAGCUUAACACUCAAAUCAGAGAUCUUGAAAGAGAUCUAUCCGACAAAGUAUUUGAGCUGAGAAAGCUUCAAGAGAUGUACGAUGCCCUCAAAGACAAGCACGAAAAUGCGGAAGAGCUUAGAUUGUCCUCAUCUUCUAAUCAAGCGGACUCAAAAGACCGAGAAAUUAAGUUGUUGAAUGACGAUUUGUUGCGGCUUAUGGACAAAGAGACAGAACUGAACAAACAGAUCAAGAAUGUCACCAUGCAACUUGAAAGUUCGAAGAAAGAAGUUCGUACUAUCAAGUUCAGUAACAGCGAGCUGUUGAAAGAAAAUGAACAAUUUAAAAGAGCCCUUACGGAGACGAUGUACAAAAAUGACAAGCUCACAACGGAAAGACAAGAACACUUAAUGCGAAUGGAAACUCUUACAUCACAAGUCAAGGCCCUCAAGACCUCAAACGAGGAUCUUCUGCAAGAGAGGGAUAACUUGCUAGAGUCAAAGCGUGAGCUCGAGGUGAAAGUUUCAGAAAUCACUGCAGAAUUUGAUAAAUACCUUGCUAAGGCCAAGGAUGAUGCAGAGAAUGCAGCUACAGUGGUUCAACUCCGUGGGGAACUAGAGAAGACAAGCCGGGAGGCAAUGGAUCUGAAAGAGAGACUUCAGCAGCAUGAAGGGAAACUGCAAGAAUACGAAGCCCAAAUGGCUGAUCUUCAAAGAGACUCACUGAUGGUGAUUGAGGAAAACAAAGCUCUGACCAAAUUCAACAAGCAGCUGAAAACAAAGCUUGACGACAUGAUAUUGGACCAUCAGAAGGAGAUGGAGUCUGAACGGAAUCACUGGACUGCUAGAGUUCAAGAACUGGAGGAAAAAAUAUAUUUGCAUAAUGCUACCAAGCGUGAAAAAGACCAAAAGUUCUACAAUCUUGAGCGCUUGGUCAAGGAUUACGAGCAUCGGAAUGAGAUCCAGACUUCUACUAUUGAACGUUACAAGGAUGAUAUUAAGAACUUGGAGGAAACGGUGACGAGGCUUGAUUCCAGUUUGGAGGUUUUGCAGCAGAAGGAAUAUGAAGCCACUCUUCGUGCAAAACGAGCAUUGCGGGAGCUCGAUGACUCGAGAGAAAAAGCUCUACUGUUAGAGAGGGAGCUUCUCGAUUGGCGUACCACUGGUGCCGAAUAG